GCGGGGCAGCGAGAAGCCGAGACGAGCGCGGACCGAGCCCGGACGCACAGCCCUCUUCUCCCAGGCGGCCCCAGCCCAGCCCCAGCCAUGGAACACCAGCUCUUGUGCUGCGAAGUGGAGACCAUCCGCCGCGCGUACCCCGACACCAACCUCCUCAACGACCGGGUGCUGCGAGCCAUGCUGAAGGCGGAGGAGACCUGCGCGCCCUCGGUGUCCUACUUCAAGUGCGUGCAGAAGGAGAUCGUGCCGUCCAUGCGGAAGAUCGUGGCCACCUGGAUGCUGGAGGUCUGCGAGGAGCAGAAGUGCGAGGAGGAGGUCUUCCCUCUGGCAAUGAACUACCUGGACCGUUUCCUGUCGCUGGAGCCCCUGAAGAAGAGCCGCCUGCAGCUGCUGGGGGCCACCUGCAUGUUUGUGGCCUCCAAGAUGAAGGAGACCAUCCCCCUGACGGCCGAGAAAUUGUGCAUCUACACUGACAAUUCCAUCCGGCCCGACGAGCUGCUGCAAAUGGAAUUGCUUCUAGUGAACAAACUCAAGUGGAACCUGGCCGCCAUGACCCCCCACGAUUUCAUCGAACAUUUCCUCUCCAAAAUGCCGGAGGCAGACGAGAAUAAACACAUCAUCCGCAAGCAUGCGCAGACCUUCGUGGCCCUCUGUGCCACAGAUGUGAAGUUCAUUUCCAACCCACCCUCCAUGGUGGCUGCUGGGAGCGUGGUGGCCGCAGUUCAGGGCCUGCACCUAGGCAGCCCCAACAACUUCCUGUCCUGUUACCGCCUGACACACUUUCUCUCAAGAGUGAUCAAGUGUGACCCGGACUGCCUUCGUGCUUGCCAAGAGCAGAUUGAAGCCCUUUUGGAGUCCAGCCUGCGCCAGGCCCAGCAGAACCUGGACCCCAAGGCCACAGAGGAGGAGGAAGAGCAGGAGGAAGAGGCUGAUCUGGCCUGCACACCCACUGACGUGCGGGACGUGGACAUCUGAGGGCACUGGGCAGGCGGGUGCCACAGAGCAAGGGCAGCCCGCAGAGUGUGAGGAGUUGUCCUGUGCGCUCCUGUCAGAGUCCCUCUUGGGGACAUUUCCUUACCGGAAGGGAAACUUGUUCUCUUUGGGUUUUUUUUUUUUUCUUUUUGUUUUUGUUUUUUCCUUUGCUCUUUUUCUUCUUUGUCUCUGAUUUAAGCAAAAGAGAAAAAAAAUUACAGGAAAACUAUCUUUAAAAAGAGAGAGAGAAACAAAAAGAAAUAGAACUUGCAUAACCCCAGUGAGGGGAGGGGGUUAUGCUACAAAAAAAAUAGAGGAUUUUAUACCCCAGUAAUCAACUAGUUUUCUAUUAAUGUACUUGUCUCUAAGAAUAGGAUUAACACCAGGAUAUCUCUGGAAGGUUUAGAUUCUGUGUUUAAAAAAAAAAACAAAAAGCCUAAAAAUAAUGCUUUAAAAAAAAAAGCAAAGAAAAACUGAGCAAACCAUUUUUAAAGUAGAAGAGGGUUUUAGGUAGGAACAUAUAUUCUGCUUUCCCGAAAAGCACAGCUUUGGGGUGGCUCUAGGCCAACCCCCCCUUCGCUUGCUCACUCGCGUGGUCACUCGCUGCCUGCCGUCUGUAUGUGUUAUCCCAUGGGUAGGUAGAUGUAUAACCUCUUCACCUUACUGAUGGUUGCUGCACCCUCUCUAGGGGUUGGCAUGGUGAAUGGCAUCUCCCAGGGCUCCUCUUCUGUGCCUCAGCUUGCAGGUUUGCAAAGUACCAGCCUCGCAGGAGCAGGAAGGGCCAGCCGCCCCAGCCCUGUGACACAACGCCCCCCGUAGAGAGGAGACAAUAAUAUAUUAUAUUUUUAUAAUCUUCCUAUUUUUGUAGUUCCCUGUUUAUGAGAUGCUGGUUUCACCCAAUGGCCCUGCAGCCUGCUCACAUCAGGUUCAUCCACAGCUACUUUUCCUUUUUGUGGUUGGUUUUUUUUUUUUUUUUUUUGGUUUUUUUUUUUUUGUGUGUGUGUCCUUUGUAUUCCAAAACCAUUCCAUUUCAAAGCACUUUUCGGUUCGGUCAGCUAGGCAGAGGCGAUCUCGAUGUUGGCAUUGUGUGGGGAGGGGCACGGGUUUUGAAUGGGAUGGUUUGGGAGGAGAAAACCCUGUGUUCUCACACUGCCAGGACCUGUCCCUUCCUGUCCCGUACAGAAUUGAGGUUUAUGGGGAUCCUCUGGUGCCACCUGGUGUUUGGAAGUAGGGACCAUGAAGGGUACCUAGAGAAUGAGUAGUUUCCAAGGUGACUUUUAGGUGUUUCGCGACAGAAGGUUUUUUUUAAACACUAAAAUAUGUAAUGUAUAGUUAAGGCUACAAAAAAAAAUAUUUAUUACAGAGGUUGUUCCUAUGGCCAGUAUGAUUUAUAAAGUAAUGCAAUCUCCUCUUGAUUUAGACACAUGCACCCCUUUCUGUCUUUGAUGUUGCAGGUCUGUAUCAUGUAUGCAAGAUCGGUCCCUUUAUGUGGAAUCUCAAAGCCACACAAAAAAACAAACAAACAAACAAACAUGGGUUUGACCUAUUCAGCUUUCCUCAGAGUGGCCGACCUGAGAGCUGUGCAAGCUUCAAGGAAAAUUUAGGGUUCCCAAAAUGAAUUCGGUUCUGACACAUUCUUAUCCCAUGCACCCAUCCCGUUUAACAAACAAACCUCGAGACAGUGGACGAUUUGCACAUCUGUAUCUGUUAGUUAGGGAGUAUCGAAGGGAGGUGUGAGGGCAUGAGCUGGAGAGAGGAUGUGAAGGAGAAGGUAUGGACAGGGGACUCCCGAGGGGACGGGGCAGUCACCACACGAGGGGACAGGCUGUGGCUCCGUUUCUUAUCGCGCUGCUACCGAUGACUUCCCGGCACAGUGGGAAACAGAUCCGCAUCGCUUCUGUGUAUCUUCCACGUUGUUUUGCUGCUAUCGGAGGGUCAGGUUUUGUUUUGUUUUGUUUUAUAAUGUCCUAUACUGCCAUGUUUAAUUGCCUCAUAGAAAUUAUACUACAGAUGCCCCC